ACUGUGUUUUGGCCCCGCCUGUUGGGACAGAGAGGCUGCCAAAUGCCGCUUGAUUCCCUAAAGUAUUUUAAUCAUACCUUUUGGAUAAAGCAACACAUGAAAAGCCAAGCAACAACCGAAUCUUACAAGUUUUUGCUUGUUUGCGAGAAGGGUUGUUUACGUCCGGCACAUUUUAUUUUUACUGAGAUUUUCGUGUCUGGUGCCAUUUUCCAACACUGCAUGAAUUCGGUAUUUAUCUCCUGGUAGUUGCGUUUGACAUUAAAAGUGUAUAUAUUUUGUUUUCCACGCGAACAUGAGCUUUCCACGGCGUUUCAAACAGGAAUGGACACUCACCUUCGAAAUUCAUCGCCAUGCAGCCCAAGAUAUUCGUGGGAUGCUACAAAAUCCCCCCAAGACCUAUACAAGCACCCCAACCAUCCUCUACAAUCUGGAAUACUGAACCCAAGAUUGACUUGCAUUGAUACAAACUAACAUUGACAGGGUUGGCUGCAUCAUGGUGUUUUCGAGAUUGGUUUAAGGCUUUCAGGAUAAACUUUUUCCUUGUGCCUGGAUGGACAUUUGGCAGCAUCAACUUUAUUGUUGGUGAGGAAGUCUCAACAGGCCUAGGAUGUCAGAAUGCCCAUAUCCCAGGACAAUGCCCUCAGCAUCCUUUCACUACUCAAGGAGUGGCUUGGAGCUCAUGGCGAAAGAUCACACCAGAAGGACAACUUGAAACUGGAAACUACGAUCUGUGUCAGCAAGGCCUGUGACCAGAAUGGAGAUAAAGUGUGCACUUGCAGUAAUAUCAAUGUGGAGAACUUGUCCCUGUGUCUGGCUGCUAUCCAGAAGCUAGUAGAAUACAUCAACUUUAACUUUGUGGAGGAUCGCACCGCUUCAUCAACAGAUCAGUCAUCCUCCAACGAAGGAUCAGAUGUUGAGGUUCAUUCUAUUUCUAUCAGGAAAAAUGAAGGCGAUCCAUCUGAUUUUGGUCUUAGCUUCGGAAACAUCCCAAUUUUUGGGGAUCCUGAUGGAAGAAAAAAAGGAGGACCAAGGAGGAGAAGAGAUCAGAGCCCCAUCAUGCAUGUGGGCUGCAUCUGGGUAACCGAAGUGAGAAAGGAAAGCCCAGCAGCCCACUCAGGCAGAAUUAAACUGAGAGAUGAAUUGCUAUCAUUGAAUGGGCAGCUGAUGGUGGGAGUUGAUGUUAGUGGAGCCAGUUACCUGGCUGAUCAAUGCUGGAAUGGAGGCUAUAUUUGCCUUGUGUUGCUGCGGCGAGUCAAGCGAAAAGCUCCUCUACCUCCCUGUGGUGUUGAUGACAGUCCAAGUACUCCCAUCAGUAAUGACUGCUGCGAUGACCAGCCGCAGUGCAUCACUUCUGCUGAGUCCAUUGAUAGUCCAGUAACGUGCAAACGUACUCGCAAAAUUGGGGUCACAUCACGGCCGCCCUGCAAAAGAGACAACGAAGAGGAUCCUGACUCGGAAUUUCAGAGUAAUUGUAGUGACUUCAGCUCUUCUAGCUUUGUCAAUAAAGGACUCAGCCCUUCGAAGGAAAACUCAGGGCAUGUCUUUUCCACACAUAUGCCAACAGAGGAAAAUUGUGGCACCUUUCCUCAUUUCAAAGUUACUCAUCAUCACCGCGGAGGCACUGCUACACUGCCUUUAAGGAGUCACAGCAGUCAACUGUUGGAAAGCAAAAGGGAUUCUUUCUGCAGUCAACUUUCGAACCAGCCAAGCGAGGGUUGCCACAUCUGGAAAAUGCACCUGGUGAAGGGUCAAGAGGGCUUGGGCAUUCAGAUAACUGGUGGGCGUGGUUCCAAGCGCUCGCCUCAUGGCAUUAUCAUUGCUCAUAUUGAGGAGGGAGGAACAAUUCACAGGGAUGGCCGUCUUCAAGCUGGUGAUGAGUUGCUUAUGAUUAAUGGUCAGUCACUAGUGGGUCUUACCCAUCAAGAGGCCGUUUCUAUCCUCCGCUCUUCAUCUGGUCUCGUUCAGCUCAUCGUUGCCAGCAGGGAGGAAUCUGAUGUCGGACUCCGUCACCACCCAUCCACCAGUUUACCAGAUCUGUUGACUAACCUGGACAAAGUCGAGGACACAUGCCAGACAGAGGCAGUUCAAGGAUCUUCCUGCAGUCCUGCAACCAUAAAGCUUUGCAGUCAAUCCCAGGUCAUAGGCGGUAGCAGUCGCUUGGAGUCAGUUGGUGAGGAUGAUGAGCUCUUUCUGGAGAAUGGUGUGAGCCGUUGUGGCGUUGCGGAGAAGUCCUCAAAGCCAGGCAGACGAAAACACUCCUUACCACAACAACUGGAUACUGUUGUAGAUAGACAGGAAUAUCAGAUCAUUAAAAAAUCAGCACGUUCGUUGAGCACCGUUCAAGUGGAAUCCCCAUGGCGACUUGCGCAGCCAUCCAUUAUCUCCAGCAUAGUACUGAUGAAAGGCCAGGGCAAGUGCCUAGGAUUCAGUAUUGUUGGUGGCCAGGACUCAUCUCGUGGUCAAAUGGGAAUUUUUGUGAAGACCAUUUUCUCUCAUGGUGCUGCAGCUGCUGAUGGACGCCUAAAAGAGGGAGAUGAGAUUCUGGAGGUAAAUGGAGAGUCUCUCCAAGGAAUGACCCAUCAACAAGCUAUCCAGACUUUCAAGCAACUCAAAAAAGGUGUUGUGACUCUGACAAUUCGAACUCGCCUGCGGAGCCCUAGCCUUACACCCUGUGCAACCCCAAGUAUCCGUAGCCGCUCCAGCUCACCCAACUCCAAUACCAGUGAGGGAACACCUCUUCCCUUUGGAAUUGAUGAGACUGAUGGCCAAAGGGGUCCUGGUCCAAAAGACUGCAUCAUCAUGGAGGUCACACUUGAUAAAGAGCCUGGCGUUGGCCUGGGGAUUGGAGUUUGUUUUCUUACUCCAGAUAACUCUGCUCCUGGCAUCUACAUCCAUAGCCUAGCUCUGGGUUCUGUUGCCAAGAUGGAUGGCAGGCUCAGUCGGGGGGAUCAGAUACUGGAGGUGGAUUCGGUCAGUCUUCGUUUUGCUGCCCUCAGUGAAGCAUACGCCAUCCUCAGUGAAUGUGGCCCUGGACCAGUGAGUCUCAUUAUUAGUCGUCACCCUAAUCCCAAAGUAUCAGAACAGGAGAUGGAUCAUUUCAUUGCUCAAUCCACACACAAGGGCAAAAUGAACAAGAGUCGACAUUCUUCUCAUUCCCAAGGUUUUUCUUGUAAGAGAGAUGGAUCACCUGGCCUUAGUUGGACCAUGAAGAGAUUUCUUGAGCCGGCCAGUAGGCAGGGGUCUCUAAGCUCAGAGAAAGAGUUAUCACAAUACUUCUCACCGGAUAUUACCAGCCACCCAUUCCUGACGAAAUCUUUGGGCUCAACUACAGAUGAGGCAAACCAACAAAACAUCUCCAUUGAUGACAUCGCAUCACAGCCUCCAGAAACUCCCACUUCUGGAAGCGAAAUGCAAUGUGACGCAUCACAAGACAAGACCCACGUCCAAUCUAAUCAUCCUCAGGAUGCAAUCGGCCGGCCAACUGUUGUGUCGAGUCCCACAUCGCUGCAGAGUCCACUUCUUCAUCAGCAAUUGAUCAUUGAUUGUGAGGAUAAGCUGAGAAAAGAUGAGGACUCAACAAGUGGAAUUGCCGCAAUGCCACUGGAAGUAGACGAUCGUAGCAAUUGGGAGGAAUUACAAAUAUGUGCAAGCAAUGGCAUGACACCACCACUAGAUAGUUCUUCCAAUGAGUAUCACAAAGACUUUCCAAAUGACCAUCAAAUACCAAGUUCUGAGUCACCCUUUAUGCCAAUUCGUUGUCUUUCAAAGCACAAAGCAGCGGAAAAAGAUGAACAGUUGGUAUCGAAGCAUUCCCCCAAGACUGAAGAUAAUGCGGUGGCGCUGGCCAAAGCUGCGUGGUGUGCUGAAGCUCCCAACUCCACUGAGCAGCAAAACCACAGCGCUACUUGUACUUCAAGUGCUAAUCCAUUCCAGUCUAAUGCCCCACUGUGUGGAAAGAAAUCCAUGACUGCAAGUGGAUUGAUAAACAAUCAGCAGUGUACGAAGGGAAGUACAAGUGACAUUUUGGGUGUUUGUACUAUUGAGACUGUAACCCUGACAAGAAAGAAGGAUGAAUCUUUUGGCCUGGACCUGGAGAUCAUGUCAUCACCUCUGAAAGUUGUCAUCAAUGGGCUAAAGCCUGGAGGUGCAGCCGAAAGGGAAUCAAAAGGAGUCUUGUGUCCAGGUGAUGAGAUUGUCACCAUUGCUGAAAAAGUGGUGAGCUCCUGUGGGUACCAGGAAUUAUGUGAACUCAUGCAUAACCUUCCCACAACACUAUCUUUGGAUGUUAAAAAAUCUGUCUCAGAUGGACUUUCCACAUUGACAAUGUCCUCUGGGAGCAGUGACGGAGCCACAAGACUCAUUCCUGACGAAUCUGAAGAAUUAGGUGCCAAGACAGUUCACGCUAACCGCAAACCCCAAAUAAAGGAUGACUGCCAAACUCCAGUCACCAACAUUGAUGAUAUCAUCUCACAAAUUAGCCCCGUCAGUAACCCUGCAUGUCCCCCGUGCAGCACCUCUUCUCUUGGAAAUACUUCUGAGAAAGAUGAUUUAGAAGUUCAAAUACUGUCAAGUUCACAGUACUCCUCGGCAGUGCACCCAGGAAAUGAAAAGGGGUGUCCUUUACAUGUGAACCCACUUCUUGAAAACAACUCGAAUGGGUUAUUCCCCGAAAAGUGGAUCGCUCUGCACAAAGGGAAAGACCCCAAAGAACUUCAUGAUAGUGAUUCCAGUGGUGACUUAAAGUCACCACUGGACAUUGCUGUCACGUGUAAAGUCAGUGACUUUACACGCGACAGCGAUGUCAAGCCCAGCAAAAUGGCCAGUGGCAGUUUCCAUCUUCAUGAGCCAUCCUCAAAGGGGAAGAAAGUGGAACUCAAUUCCUCUGACAACCAAGCAUCCAUUGAUGAUGGACAUGUACACCUCAAGACACUGUCAAAUAGAUCUUUACCUUCACAUCAUGCCGGUGAAAACAAAAGCCUGGACAGGAAUAACGAUAUGUUUGUCAGCUCCUCAGAUCUGACUAAGGAAGAAUGCUUGACGCAUUCCCCAUCAAUAGGGGUCGCAGCCACAAGGACAGCACCCUCACCUUCAUAUGUAACUCCUGCAUCACCUUUGGACGAUCACACUACAGCCAUUGAGUCUGACUCUGACAAACUUCGAGCUUCUGAGGCGCAUCAUCCCACAAGCCUUUGUAUUCAUGGAAGCAUUUCCCCACUUGAUAACUGUAUCGACUCCAGUAUCCCUGCAAUGUUGUCUGGUGGCACCCUGCUCAACUCCGAUAUAUUGAAACGGAGACAUUUGAAAGCACAAAAAUCUGAAUUGACACCAGUGACAAACACUGACAGUGCGACCACUGACAGAUCAGAUACAGCAUUGUCGAAGACUCUGACCAACGAAGAAAAAAACUUGGAGUGUUGCCCACAUUUAAUCACAAACCUGAGCCCCACUAUUACGCAUCGUCUUCUAAACUUCCCAGACAAAUGUCAAAUCGAAACUCAGAUCAGAUCAGACUAUACCCUUAAACAGAAGGGCCGAAGAGUAAAUAGUAAUAAUGCUGGAGAAGUGCCAUUGCAAAGUCAUACCAAGAGUGAAAGUCCGGUCCUUUCAUCGACCAAUGAUAUCUUCUUUAACCAGCCUACAAAUUUACUCUCAGAGAAAACAUUAUCUCCCACUUUGAAGGCCAACAACCCACUUAAUAAGAACAGUGCUGUUUUAUCCACAGUUGCCGUCAGAAAGAUGGCACCUGAUAUCCCAGAUAACACAUUUGAAACUGUAGCGUCCAACAACAAAGAUAUCAAUAUAGAUGUCAAAGCAAUUUCAAAUUCCCAGACACUGUCACACUCACCUGCCACUCAGAGAACAUUUAUCGAAGUUCAGUUAUCCUCUGCAUCUAGUGUGUCACCUUUCAGGGCAAAAAAGCUCACAGUAGAUUCAAAUAACUCUACAGCAACUCAAAUCAACACCGAUGCAACACCCGUGCUCCCAAAUUCAAAUUCCACAUUAGAUACAACAAAUGUCAUUGUUGAUCAAAUAGUAUUCGAUGCAAUGUCUUGUACCAAGGAAACUAAUCUAGGAUCAAGAAAUGACUUGAAACCCGACACGGAGACGAGUGAUAAGUCGACAACAUCCAAACUGUCCAAGAAGACCACACUGAAGCCAAGCUUUGUCGCAAACGCUCCUUUUUCUGUGCACUACAACCCCUUCUCUGUCCAACACAAGAUAAAGUCAUUUGAAAACCUGGCUCACUUUGACAAGCCUGUGGCGAAAAGUAGUGACAUUCAGUCAUAUGCUUUGGCAAACAGGGCCUCGCUUAACCAAAGGAUUGCGGGUUACAUGGGCUUAAUUAAAUGUUCUGCUCACCGGGCACAACACCAUCGUUUCAGUUCCUAUGAAGACAAUUUAAUCUCAACGAGACCCUACUCAUCACUCAAAUCACAGUCAAGCAUGACUUUGAAAAACCUCGAUCCUCCACGUGAGAGCUCCAUUGCAGGUUGCCUGUCCAAGAACAAUUUUGUCUCCAAAUUUGCAAAAGGUCCCGAUCCUUCACCAGAAACCCCGCCAGUGGUGCGGAGGAAAAAUGCCAAACUUUUCCACAACCGGUUGCGGCAAUCAAGGGCUCUCAGUAUGCCUGAAUUGGGAAAGCUCUUCACAGGUGACAUGUUGACCAGGAUGCAUGGUUUCGCUGAUAAACCCGAGCGCACCAUCCUUUCCACUGCCACAGAGACUUUGCGCACUUCACCUUCUGCACUCCAAGCAAAAGCAGAGGAAGCAAAAGGAAACCGAAGAAACACUGUAUCCACUCAAGAAACAUCCGAGAGAAAAUUUGAGAUCCUUGAACCAUCUGCACAGUGUGAAGCACCUCGGCCUAUCAGGUUAAAAGUGCAAAAUGCUUCUCCUGUCAGUCAGUCUAAAUUGCCAGCACUUGAGACAUCUACGACAAACAUGCCUGCCCGACUCCAGGAAACAAACAAUUUCAAAGAGGUUAACAAUGAUACGCACCUUGUAGUCCUUCAUAAAGAAGAAGGCUCAGGACUUGGAUUUAGUAUUGCUGGUGGGAGUGACCUUGAGCAGAAGACAAUCACCGUUCAUCGAGUCUUCAGCAAAGGAGCAGCCAGCCGAGAGGGCACGAUUCUGAGAGGUGACAGAAUUGUAUCUAUAAAUGGCACAAGUCUGGAUGGUAAAACCCAUGCCGAGGCCGUUUCUUGCCUACAUCAAGCUAAACUAUCCAAGCAAGCCUUAGUAGUUAUUUGCAGAUUUGUGGUCAGUGAAAAGAAAACCACUGAAAAGCUUGACUCCGCCAGUCAGCAACAGAUGAGCUUAUCUGGCACCAAGAUGUCUUUGGAGACAAGUACAGAUCCACAUGGGGUUUUCAAAGUUGAGCUUCACAAGACGACUGCUGGCCUGGGUUUCAGUCUGGAUGGAGGAAAAUCCUCAAGUAAUGGAGACAAGCCCCUAACUGUAAAACGCAUCUUUAAAGGAGGUCCUGCUGAGCUGUCUGGGCGGCUGGAGGUUGGCGAUGAGGUCUUGUCAAUAAAUGGAUUCUCUCUGGAAGGUCUCAUGCAUCAUGAUGCCUGGAAAAUGAUUAAAGCAACUAAUGAAGGGCCCAAUCAACUUGUCAUCCGCAAGCUUGGUGCCUGGCUGUAAUUCUUAGAAGGAGGAACUUCUUUGAAACCACUCUCAACAAAGAGAUCAAGUGCUACGAAACAAAGUUGUCGAGCUAAUGGGCAUUUUCUGCAGUCUUACAAAUGUUCUUUUACAAAUGUCUCUUGUUUUGUGAUUGUUCUACAUAUUGUUACUACCUGAUGUUUGUAAUGUACCAAGUGAGAUGUGUCUCAAGGUUUGUUUACAUUUUAUUUAAUAUUGAUCAUGAAUGUGAUUUGCAAUUAAAAUAAUGUAAUUUUUUUU